AUGGAUGCUACUAAGACACCCAAAGGUGCCGGAGGAAGGAAGGGUGGCUCAAAGAAGAAGGCUGUAACUAGGUCAGUGAAAGCUGGGCUUCAAUUUCCAGUUGGUCGUAUUGCUCGUUACUUAAAGAAGGGUCGCUAUGCUCAGCGUGUUGGAUCUGGUGCUCCUAUUUACCUCGCUGCCGUCCUUGAAUACCUUACUGCUGAGGUGUUGGAGUUGGCUGGAAAUGAGGCGAGGGACAAUAAGAAGACGAGGAUUAUUCCAAGGCAUUUGCUGUUG